GGCCAUCAGCGCUGACGGAUCGCUCUGCCAAACACACUGACUUACAUUCAGGGCGAAAACGCAUCAAUUGCAUCAAUUCACCAGAUCGGAAUAACGAUGCCAGAACUGUGGACGUCGUCCUUUUGCCUGUCUGGAGUUCUAUUUAUAACCUUUCUUUCCCUGGGGACCGCAAGCUCCUCAUCAGUCAGUCAUCAGAUGUCUCCUGAUCUCAUCCAUCCUCCACAGAUCAGGAGUAAAGCGCAGAGACACCGACAUCAGAGCAACCCGACACGAACACAGAUAGAUGUGAAAGGGCCCAACGUUUGUGGCACCAGGUGCUGUUAUUCAUGGCUGCUCAAUCCCAAAACCAAACAAUGCACAAAACCAAGAUGUCAUCCGCGAUGCCAUAAUAAAGCAGUCUGUCGCCGGCCGAACAUCUGUCAGUGUCGUCCGGGCUUCCACGGCCAUCGCUGUGAACAUGCAAACGUCACACUGACCAUGAGCACCUGGUUCGAAGCACAUCCUGGUCCCACGGUACCCUCAACCUCUCCCAUGGCAACAGUUGCUAUGGUAACGCCCGCAUCCACCACCAUCCAUGGCAACAGCUCCACAUCUGCCUCCAGUGAUGCCAGUUCAGAUACAAGAAAGACAUAUUCAUUACACUGGCAGCCACCCAGUUUAAAAGACGCCCAGUCGGUCCUGUUAAAAAAAGCUCUGUCCAGUGGAACCGGUGGAGAGAAGAUCACAAGUGUUAUACUGAAGUACAUUGAAUCAGAGCAAAGAAGACUGGAGUCUUCAUCCUCUACCGGAGCAACAAAAAUCUCCAGCACCAAAACCUUCCACACUCAGCACGGCCAGUUCACCCUCAUCUACACCGCAGCCGUGGCUCAGCAGCGCUCCUCCGUCGUCCGCGGGGGUUCGGAGCGGAUCAAAGUGCUCUUCACCCCCACCAUCUGCAGGCUGCGUUGCACGCAGGGACGCUGCACCAACUACUGCGAGCGUGGAAAUGUCACCACUAUCUACAACAGCGAGCAGGCAGGACAGACGCCGCCUAGAUCCGGCUUCAGAGUGUUCGUGUGUCCGAUGUUGUGUAAGAACGGAGGAGUGUGCGUACAGAAGGAUCAAUGUCUCUGCCCGCCCAACUUUACUGGGAAGUUCUGCCACAUCCCCGUCUCCACCAAUCACAUCGAGAGACCGUCGACGAGUGCUGUGGAUUCAGCCAAUCAGCCGAUGACGUCUGAGUACAUACUGCCUCUGCAGACGCCUGAGCAGAUCAACACCAAUGCGUCCCCGAUGGUGAAGGUGCGAGUCCAGCAUCCUCCAGAGGCCAGUGUGAAGAUCCACCAGGUCUUAAAGGUGGGCUACGGCCCCACCGUCCACGAGCACUCAGAAACCGUGACCUGGUCCGCGGGGCUCUCAGGGGCCCGUCCUCACCAGCUGCCGGGAGAGAGAGCCGAGGCGGCAGCGCCGCCGAGGGUUCAAGCCCAGACCAUACGCGGGGAUUCAGUCUACACCGAGACGUCCGGCUUCAAAUACUGCUUCAGAGAAGUGCGCAACGGAAAGUGCAGUUCUCCGUUGCCUGGUCUGAGGAGUCAGGAGAUGUGCUGCAGGGGUGUUGGGAAGGCCUGGGGCAUCAACGAAUGCACGCUCUGUCCCGCAGUCUUAGGAAACACUGUUAAUGGACAGGGAAGCUGCCCGAAAGGCUUCGAGAGGGUCAACGGGACGCAGUGUGUGGAUAUUAACGAGUGUUUGCAGCCGGGUUUCUGUGAAAACGGGAACUGUGUUAACACCCGAGGGAGCUACAGUUGUGUCUGCAAAGAGGGCUACUUAUUGGACGCCUCUCAUGGGAUCUGCAUCUCACAGAAGGUGAUCUCCUCGGAGAAGGACCAGUGUUUCCGUAUCCUGAACCAGGGCUCCUGUUCUCUGCCCAUCCUGAAGAACAUCACCAAACAGAUCUGCUGCUGCAGUCGAGUGGGCAAAGCCUGGGGGAAGGAGUGUGAGUUAUGCCCGUACUUCGGCUCAGCCGCCUUCAAAGAGAUCUGUCCUGCUGGACCGGGUUACCAUUAUUCGGCUUCGCCUGUCAAGUUUAACCAGAGGCUAGCUGAGAUGCUUGACACCGGCGGACCGCCUUUGGUGUCCGAAAAUGUCCGUGCAUCCACCCAAGACAUAGCAUCCCAACCUGAAGGCUCCAGGACUCACUCCACAAUCUCACAGUCAACCCGAAUCCAGCAAGCGCCAUAUUCACCGACCAACACGCAGACCAUCCGAGUCCAGCAGAGUCCUGCGAGACCACAGCAACCUGACGCGGGUUCACAGGCCGGCUCGGUUAUCAUCAUAACUCAACCAAAACCAAACCUGUCAACGAGCGGCGGCUCUCAAACCACAAACGCCAGACCUCAGCAGCCUUCCAGCAUCCGUCCGUCCGCUCCCAGCCAGCCGGCCAGAGUGAACACACCUGUUGUACGGACGCAAACCAGCCGGCCUUCGGUUAACAGACAGCCAAUAUCUCCCGUCAGACCUCCUCCUGUACCGGCUACAGCCCGACCACUUCCAACUAGACAAGAUGGCCGAGUGUGUGAAUCGAGACCUCAGGUGUGCGGUUCGGGGCGCUGUAUUGACCUGCCAGGCGGUCGACACACGUGUGUGUGUAACACUGGAUAUAUCCUCAACCCUCAGCAAGGCCACUGCCAAGACAUAAACGAGUGUGUGCUGACGCCCCGGCCGUGUUCUGUGGGUCAGUGUGAGAAUACAGCGGGCAGCUUCCGGUGCGUUUGUCCAUCAGGAUACCAGACCAACUUCCAGCAGACCCUGUGUGUCGAUUUGGAUGAGUGCCGUCAGGUGCCCAAUCCCUGUGUUAACGGCCGCUGUGAAAACACACUGGGCAGCUUCAGGUGUUUGUGCAGGACUGGAUACAAGCUACAGGACAACAGCUGCAUAGACAUAGAUGAGUGUGUCGACCCCCUGCGCUGUCCGGGUCAGGAGUGUGUGAACUCUCAGGGCUCUUACAGGUGUGUCUCCUGCAAGCCGGGCUUUGAUCUGCUCAACGGACAAUGUUCAGAUAUUGAUGAAUGUCGUCGGACGCCGUCACCCUGUUCGGACGCGGGCCGCUGUGAAAACACUCCCGGCAGCUACAGAUGCUCGUGUCGAACGGGAUACAGAUCCCAGGCCAACGCCUGCGUGGAUGUGAAUGAGUGUGAAGAUCCGCUGCAGUGUCCCGGACAGGAGUGUGUGAACUCUCAGGGAUCGUAUCGCUGUGUGUCAUGCAGACCCGGAUUUAGCCUUAAAAACAGAGCGUGUUCAGGUAAAUACAACACAGCAGGACUCACAUUUAACCAUGAAUGGACCAUUAUGAUUGUAAACCUGGCCAUGCACAGUACAGCAAAAAUCAGCCUGUUUGAUUCAGCGGGUCAGAGAGAGGCCGCAGAUCUGAGCUGCUGCGUUUGCUCUGCAGAUGUGAACGAGUGUCUGCACUCAGAGGGACUGGUGUGUGGAUCCCAGCGCUGUGAGAACACCAUCGGCUCGUUCCGCUGCGUGGCGUCCUGCGAGCCCGGAUACCACAUCACUGCCUCCGGAGAGUGUGUGGACAUUAACGAGUGCGCUAACGAGACAGUGUGCGGACAUCACGCCUUCUGCCAGAAUCUGAUCGGCACGUAUCAGUGUCUGUGUGACCAGGGCUACGAGUCCACCGCCGAUGGACAGAUGUGUGUGGACAUAAACGAGUGUGAGACGAUGCAGGGUGUGUGUGGCUCUGCGCGCUGCUGGAACGUCGAGGGCUCGUUCACGUGCGAGUGUGAGAACGGACAGGAGGAAUUCGACCCGCUCGCAGGCCAGUGUGUGAGCAGAGAGAGCGCAGGUCAGUCGGAGCCGUCUGGCGGAGACUCCUCUUCCUCGGCUGGCCGCGGUUCGUCUGGAUCGUCCGGCUCUCUGCCGCAGACUCGGCCUGGAGAAACGAGAGAGUGCUACUACGGCGUAUCGCAGCCGUACUCCUGCAAGAUACUGGCCCCAAACACCACGCUGCAAGAGUGCUGCUGUACAGCGGGACAGGGCUGGGGCCUCAUGUGCCAAUAUGACGUCUGUCCCGAGACGGGAACAGUGGAAUUCCAGUCGCUGUGUCCCAGCGGAAGAGGGUACAUCACCACCGAAACGGGAGCGUUCAGCUACAAGGAUGUGGAUGAGUGUAAGCUGUUUGACCCGGAGGUGUGUAAAGGCGGCGUGUGUGUCAACAACAUUCCCGGCUACGCCUGUUACUGUCCCAGCGGAUUCUACUACGACACGGAUCUGCUGGAGUGCAUCGAUAAUAAUGAAUGUGAGAGUGAGGAGACCUGCACUGGCGGUCAGUGUGUCAAUACACUGGGAACGUUUUACUGUACGUGUGAGCCCCCUCUAGUGCUGGACGACACACAGCGCAACUGUGUCAAUGCAAGCGGCCUCGCUGAGGAUGAGAACUUAAACUUCUGUUGGCGUCACGUCACAGCUAGUCUAGUGUGUCAGAGUCCUUUGUUAGGAGCUCAGCUGACCUUCACUGAGUGCUGCUGUUUGUAUGGUGAGGCCUGGGGUCUGCAGUGUGCCCUCUGCCCCCGCAGAGAUGAAGAAGCCUAUGAGGCUCUGUGUAAUGAGUUCGGUCCUCCUCCUUACUCUCCUCGUUACUACGAGCGCUUCGGCCCAGGGCCCCUGCCUGGAAGAGGAGGGUACCGCCCGCCGUACAGCCCCCCUGAGUACCCCGAACCCCUGCCGGGACGCCCUGACUACAUAUCCCCUGAUUACGAUGACUACAGUCCUGUGGGAGCGGGUGGACGGCGAUCCGGGCUGAGAGGCAGACCGCACAGCUCAUACGGGCCCCCAGACGCCCCCUACAGGCAGCCGGCCCCGGGUGGAAGUCGUUACUAUGAGGAGGAGGAUGAUUAUGAAGCUGCGCCUGGCCCUCCCUUCGGUAUCCCGGAUCCUCGCGGCGAGCGAACGUUCGAUGCGCGACCCCUGCCAUCCCGUCCACACAGGCCUCCGCUCAGUUUGGCCCCGCUUCCGGAAAACUCCCCAUACAGCGAGGGGGAGGAGUCAUGGAGAGCCCCGCCCCCUUUCCCAAUGUUUCCUGACAGACGGGAGGGAGUCUAUGAGCGGAGAUACGAAUCCUACGGGAGUCUGAGUUCAGAAGAGUGUGGCAUAAUCCACGGCUGUGAGAAUGGCCGCUGCAUCCGUGUGGAGGAAGGUUACACGUGCGACUGUUACGACGGCUAUCAGCUGGACCUCACUAGCAUGACGUGCAUAGAUGUGGACGAGUGUGACGAUGAAGACGCGCUCGACUGCGUGAACGCUCGCUGCGUGAACACGGAGGGCUCGUACAGGUGCGUGUGUCUCAGGGGCUUCAUCAUGUCCCGAAGACCCAACCACUGUAUCCCGGCUUGAGCGAGGACUGCAUUUAGAGACUUACUAAUUAUUCCCUGUUUCCACCAUGUUGCUGUAAAUUGUUGAUUUUAUGACAAUACUUGUGUGUAUAUCCAAAAGUCUAAUAGUGAAGCUUUACACACGAGGCUCAAUACAAUACUGUAACACUUCAAGCCUUCAUGUAUAAUGCAUUAUAAAGGUAUUUGUAAUGCAUGUUGUAAUGCAUUAUAUCUUUACAUAAAUAAUUGUAACCAAAGUUAAAAUGCAUUCUAAUAUUUGAAGGGUUGUUUUUCAUGCAUUAUACUUUUUAAAGGUGUGUUCAGUGAAUAGCUGCAUUAUAAUGUAUUUUAACGGGAUGCAUUAUGAAGUGCAUUAAUUAAUGCAUUAAAAAUGUU